AGCAGCCUGCAGGAGGGCUCACAUGGUCCUGAGCUCAGUCCACUCGAACCUUCCAUCCUUGUAACUCCUCUCUCCAGUGUCCUUCCCCGAGAGAAGCAGUCGUUGAUUUCCGCACCGUUCUCCAUCCACAGCACGCCGCUGUCGUUGGGACUCGGCCCGGUGUAGCAGCACCAUGGCUCGGGAGAACGGAGACGCCAGCCGGAGCGAGACGUGGAAGAAGCAAGUGGACGAUAUCAAGAAGAUUUUUGACCUGAAGGAAGUGCUCGGAACGGGGGCUUUUUCGGAGGUGGUCCUGGCCCAAGAGAAGCUGACAGGACGGAUGUUUGCGGUGAAGUGCAUCCCCAAAAAAGCUUUGAAGGGGAAAGAGAGCAGCAUUGAGAACGAAAUCGCCGUUCUGAGGAAGAUCAAGCAUGAAAACAUCGUGGCCCUUGAGGACAUCUACGAGAGUCCAGACCACCUCUACCUGAUCAUGCAGCUGGUGUCGGGAGGUGAGCUGUUUGAUCGAAUAGUUGAAAAAGGAUUCUACACAGAGAAGGACGCUAGCACGCUGAUCAGACAAGUUCUGGACGCAGUUCACUAUCUGCACAGGAUGGGCAUCGUACACAGAGACCUGAAGCCGGAGAAUCUGCUGUAUUUCAACCCUCAGGACGAAUCGAAAAUCAUGAUCAGCGACUUUGGCCUGUCAAAGAUGGAGGGCAGUGGCGACGUCAUGUCCACGGCGUGUGGCACGCCGGGAUAUGUUGCUCCGGAGGUUCUGGCCCAGAAGCCGUACAGCAAGGCGGUAGACUGCUGGUCCAUCGGAGUCAUCGCCUACAUUCUGCUCUGUGGUUAUCCGCCAUUCUACGAUGAAAACGACUCCAAGUUGUUUGAGCAAAUCUUGAAAGCUGACUAUGAGUUUGACGCUCCGUACUGGGACGACAUUUCCGACUCAGCAAAGGACUUCAUCAGCAGCCUGAUGGAGAAAGAUCCGAGUCGACGCUUCACCUGUGAGCAGGCGCUCCGACACCCCUGGAUCGCUGGGGACACAGCUCUCUGCAAGAACAUCCAUGAAUCUGUCAGCAGGCAGAUCAGAAAGAACUUUGCCAAAAGCAAAUGGAGGCAAGCCUUCAACGCCACAGCAGUGGUCCGUCACAUGCGGAAGCUGCAGCUCGGCAGCAGCAUGGGGAGCAGCAUGGAUGCUUCCGGUCAACACAACAGGCCCAGUCAGACGCCAAAGACGUCCCAAAGCCAGAACCCGGUGGACCAGAAACAGCCAGUCCAGAGCCAAAUGAGUGGCCCGGCUGUAACCAGCCAGAACAACAACUCUGCUGCCAGUAAAACGUCCUCCACAGAGCCACUGUCAGCUCCACGCAAGGAAUGCGUCGCCACGCCAGCCACGCCCUGCAGCUUGGCAUCUGCAGCGUCUGCUUCUGUCGCUGGCUCGGACCUGAACCGGCCACAUCCCUCGGCGGUCCCGGCACCAGUCCUCACAGAGACCAAGUGACGCCAAAUCCCGCGGGGAACCAGCUGGGAGGCCACAGCGCUGUGAAGGAUUCAGCAUAGCCACGAAGGUCGACGCAAGGUCAUCGUCGUAGCUGUCAAUCUCCCUCCUUCACUGCACUUGAUUGACGGUGCCGCCCGUCCGGUUCCUCGCCCUGCUCCCGGGUGAGCAGAGGACUUCUUCUUCGUCUUCACCAGAUCCAUCCGAACGUUCAGCGCCGUGGUGUCCAACAGCUCCUCCCUCAGGACGCUAGGAGAACUGAUUCUCGGGCCGAUGGCUCAGACGGUGACUUCAUUCUUCUGACUCUUUAUUGAGCUUUUUUUCAAAAGUGGGAUUCUCUUAAUAGUGCUGUUGAGUUUGAAGGUACCAUGAGUGAUAUUUAAAACAUUAUUGAAUACAUUCUUGAGCUGUCAUCUCUGCAAAAUUUCAUUUCAAAAGGAUCUUGUGUUGAUGUGGCUGCACAAUGUCAGAGAGAGUUAGAAUUCACUCCACCCCAUCACAGUCUCCCAAUGAUAAAGUAGCCUUUAAAAUCCUCAUGCCAAUCUGGCUCAAAUGGUCCCAUUUGCCAAAGAAUCUUUUAAAAAAAAAAUCCAGGAUACAGUCGGUGAUCCAGUUCACUCCCAACAUUGGAUCAUUUGCUCCUUGUUCCCAUUCAUUUAAUCCAAAUCUAUCCAUGACGUUAUUUUAACACAGACAAACCAAAUCACAAUUAAUCGUAUUUUAAUAUUUGACAUCUGCAUGAACCAAUUUCAGUUGAAUCUAUGCACAUAAUCAUCGGGUGGAAGUGCUGCAGGGAUGAGCAAACUCAUUGUUGUAUAAAGUUCCCAGAACAGUGUUUUUCUUAGGCCUAUUUCUGAAGUUUUGGUCUUUUUUGGACUUCCUUCAAAGUGCAUCACAGGGCUGCUCUGUAUUUCCCAGAAAGACUGCUAUGUAUCCGGAUGUACUUUUUACUGCAUCAUUGCACCAGAUUAUUUCAACGGUUUUGUGCAGCCACAUUACGUGAAACAUGACAAUGGUAUUGUUUUGAAUGCUACACAUGGUACCUUUAUGUACUUUCAGGCUUGUGUAUGUGCGUGUGUUAAGAAGUGCUUUAAAAGUACCAUAUGACUGUCCAGAUGUUUAAACAUGAGUCAGCGCUUUAUCUAUUUUGCACAACAGCGGUUUUGCAGAUGUACAGAGAAGAUAUUCUGAAUCCUUAGUUUAGGAAAACAACGGAUGUCAACUGUGUUGCGUGGAAUUAUUGUCGGCGUCUUUUACUAACAAUCACCCUUUAACAAGGGGCAGGUGACACACGUGGAAGGGAACUAUGUGAAUCCAACUAGGACAAGCUUUUGCCCUCAUCUGCUCCACAAAUGAAGCCAUGAUCUUGUGCCCGUGGUUGAGCUGCUCCCAGUCCGGUCCGCUCAGGGAAAGCUGCAGCAGCACUGUGUUCUGGUCCACACUCUUGUCACGGUUUUCCGAAUGUCAGCUCGGAGUUGGUGUUGGUGUUACUUGAAUUUCUUUCAGGUGUUAUUUCAUCAUGAAGACGUGGAUUGUUAGCAUGUGUGUGUUCAGAACACUAGUGAGGAAUUGCCCAUCAACUCGUACUAAAUGUUGGUUCUGUCUAGAGAGCAGUUUGUGUCAGUCGCGUCGUCCCAUCACUGCAAUUGGUUUGUGGUUUUACAUUCACGUCGUAGAUCUAUUGCUGAAGUUUGAAGUCGGGUUUUUUUAGGCCAAUCAUGGUCAGUGUUUUGUGGGACGGGAGGUUCUAUAAUUGCAUGAAAGCAAUAUGGCUGCUCGGUAUCCAGUGGCACAUAGGUGCAAGACUAGCUAGGAGAACAGUCAUCUCAGUACCAGAAGCUUAAAGACACAGUCAAAGGGAAAACGGUCACUAACUAGUGCUUCGACAAAACUCAUUAUGGGAAGAUGAGAGCAUGGCAGAGAAGCAAGUUCAGUGUUCUAGAUAUGAACUAGGUAAUUACAAUAGAAAUGUAAGAAAAUGUAUCAGUAAAAGCCUUCAGUGACGCAUGAAGAAGCGACUUUAAGUGAAAAAAAUAAAUUGCUAAUUAUCUAUAGGGCAAAGCUUGACUAAAGUUUGUGGUGGUGUUAAAAACAACUCAUUUUAAUACUGCAAAAUAAACAAAUUAAUUGUUGAAUUUGUUAACUAUUUUUUAAAUAUAAAAGGACACUGCAACGUCACCAGGACAGAUUAUUGGUUUUCAUUUUUGGUUUCUAAAUUCCAUUAACUCUGGACCGAACAGUGAAAGAGUGAAUAAAAGGCCCCGCCCACACCUCCAUGCUGGUCAAUGUAGCAUGUAAUGAACCCACUGUUGACGGGAAAUUAUCUUCAGUAAUCCAACAUUGGGUUAUCCUCAUCGUGGACUCUCAAUAGAGACUGUUGCUAACAAUCAUUUUGUUUGCUUUUUGGUUGAUCCUGACCCACAAUUGAAGCCAUUGCCACUGCAGCAUUCAACAACUCCAACUGCAGACUUCCUGGGUGCCGCAGCAUACGCCAAAAAUGUCUUUCUGAAUUCCAUUCAUGCCCAAAGAAAUAUGUUAGCUACCCAUCCAUCAUUCAUAAAGUCGGUCCUCACAUGCCCAGAAGGCUGCAGGGUUCAAGAGGAAGAGCUUGAUUCCUCAACUGUCAACAUGAUUGUAUUUUUCACAUUUUGCCAACUUUUAUUGAUGAAUGGAAAAAAAAGUUAUUGUGACAUGUUGCAGGCAUGUGAUCAUCUUCACCUGUACGGCUUGACUGCUACAAUAGUGCCGAAAUUGGCUUUUUUUCAUCUUUCUACAUGUUACUCAUGGUACAAACCUUAUAUGGCAGUCAAAAUAUUGUGAUAAAUAUAAUGAAUGUAUGUUGUUAAGGUCUGCAGGCGGAGAAGGAGUGACUGUGCACCUUCAAAAUGAAACCCCAGAGUGUGUUGUCAAGCAGCCAGGUUUCUGUUUAACAGUGUGUCAGACCGCUGGACCAGUUCUGAUAAAAGAUCAUAUGAGAAAAGAUCACUGGUUCUCCAGGAAGCUCACUGGAAGCGCUGGGUUUACAGGGUAUUGUAGGUGGUUGAGAAUGACAUGUUGAGUUUGCUCCUGUCCUUGUACAGUAGUUAAGUCGUGUCUGUAUUGUGGUGGCCGUGACAUGAGUCCUCACUAAGCCUGCCGGGUUGAAGGCUGUUGGUCAGACAUUGGCAGACGUAACAAACCCUGCCUGGGUUCUCUUUCUCUGUGCUGAGGACACAGUUCACCAUGGCUGCUGGAGCUGCUGCAGUUUAAAGAGUAUUUACAACUGCAUUAUAUCUCUUUGAACUCAUUGUGGUGCUAGUAUCUGUUCUGUCAAAAAAAAUCCCCCAAAGAGAUCAAAGUGGUAGGCAUUUUGUGCAUGACUGAAAAGUCUGUACUUCCUCUUGGACCCAAGCAUUAGUGCUUCUGUGCACAUACUUAGCUGCCACCAUAGCUACACUAUCAUCGACACAUUAAUGCCAAGCUGUCUCACUUUUCAUGGCUGAGUUGCUGAAACACGACAGUCGACCUAGUUCUGAACUCCCUCAAGUUGUGAUGGAAAUGUGAUGGAGCCAUCAAAGCUCGUCUUCAAACUUCAUGACACCACUUUCAUUCUUCUUAAAGGUGUUUUCUUCUUUCUUAUAACUUCCACUCAUGUAAGGGCUUUAUUCGACGUAUCACCUUAAAUCAGACGUUUCUCAUUGAUUGCUAUGCAUUUUUACAUGUUGUAUCGCGAAUGUGUUUUAGUCCAAGGUGAGGAAGCUUCACCGCCAGAGUUUAAGAGAGUAUUAAAAGAGUAAGAGGGCAACGCAACUUAGAAAGAGGUUCAUGUAUAAAUGUGAUGUAAUGUACUCAAGUGUUUACAACAAACAAGGCGUAGCUGUUUUUGUUUUAACUGAAACUGUACAUAGGCUGUAAAUAUUAAUGUCCAUUUUCCAGAUACUUAUGAAUGUUCGUUCUUAAAAGUGGGAUGGGGAUGAGCGAUUGUUACGUGCGGCAUCGAGAGGAGACGAUUGUAUCCUGUAAAAAGUUCCCUUCUGGCCGCGCAGCUGCACAACACAGUGUCAGUGUUUAUGAAGCAUUGUUUAUUAAACUCAGGCUUACGUUCCUUCUGCCAUUCUUAACACGGAGAUCCAAAGCUGUGACUAACUUGGACACCCGACACUGUUAAAGACACAGAGGACUUUCCUGUACACGAGUGUACAAAAACAUCUCUGAAAAAAAAAGUGCUUCAAUCCUCACUGCGUGUUUUCAAAUGCCUUGUUUAAUGUCUCAGUAUGUGUUUGAUGUAAACAUGUUCUUGACGCGUCCAUGAUGAGAUUAGCGUUUCAGUGAUGCAAAGGUUUUGGGGCACUGCUGUGACUUGACUGGAUAUAAUUGUUCAUUCAUUUUUGGUUUAUGUAACGCCGCUUGUUAACGGAGCCCCUGUGGAUACUCUGAGCUGAAGUUUUCCCUUUGAAACGGCUUGAGUUUGGUCAAUGUAAAACAAUGCAUUUCAGUAGAGCCUCGGCUCCGUCGUAUGCAAGUCAAUUCAAGUGUCCCAUUACUGUUUGUGCUACUAAAACUCUAAAUCCCGGUAAGUGGUUUGCCGGCAUCAAACGUCUCCGUGUGGUUGUCCUCGUUCAGCGCCUGUCACGUUAGCUGGCUGUAUUUAUUCUCUGCAUGUGAACACCACCAACCGUCAUGUGUACACGUCGGCAUUUGGUCGCGUAUCUCUUGCGUGAUGACUUUCUGUUGAUGGGGCUUGUAUUACCGAUGCCUUCGACAAUCAUGUGCACAUAUCAGAGUUACCAUGACGACACAAGCCUGAGCGACUGAUUGUUUCAUUUAUCUUCUCCUAAA